CCCCCCAUCCCCACCCGAACCGGACCGAGACGCCGCGGCGCCUUUAAGGCCGCGACCGGGAGCGGCCGGGAGCGGAUCCGGGCGGGGCGGACCGGGCGGACCGGGACCGGCCAUGGGGAACGGGAUGGGGAGAACGGCCGCGUAACAGCGGGGAGAGCGGGGCCGGAGCAUGUCGUGGUUCAGGUCCCUGUUUGUUCCCCGUCCGUCCGGCCCGAAGCCGCCGUGGGGCGACACCAACAACGGCCCCAAAGCGCCGCCGCGAUCGUCCCCGUUCUGCGGCCGGAUCCGGGACUCGGAACCGGAACCGAACCGGGACCGGAACCGGAACCGGGAUCACACCGAGAGCGACGGGGGGGCGGAUCAUCGAGCAAUCGAUCCCCGAGCAAUCGAUCAGCGCCCAAUCGAUCCCCGAGCAAUCGAUCAGCGCCCAAUCGAUCCCCGAGCAAUCGAUCAGCGCCCAAUCGAUGCCCGCACAAUCGAUCAGCGCCCAAUCGAUCCCCGAGCAAUCNUCGAUCCCCGAGCAAUCGAUCAGCGCCCAAUCGAUGCCCGCACAAUCGAUCAGCGCCCAAUCGAUCCCCGAGCAAUCGAUCAGCGCCCAAUCGAUCCCCGCACAAUCGAUCCGGUCCCGUCCGAUCCCGUCGUCCCGUCCCGUUCCCGCCCGUUGUUCCGCCGGUUCCUUCGGUUGUUCCGGUCCCGCCGGUUCCCGUCCCCGAAGCUGGAGCUGUUGUACCAACGUUACUUCGCCCAACUCAACCGGCGCCGCCUCUCGGUGCUGUUGUCGCUACAGGCCGCGCUUUGCGGCCUACUCCUCCUCCUGCACUGCCUUCCCGGCAGCCCCCGCGCGGCCGUCAUGGCGGCGCUCAUCGUGGCUUCCAUCAUGGCGGCCGUCAUGGCGGUGCUGUGCGGGAGGGGCCUGUUCCCGAGGGAGGCGGUGAAGGCGCUGAGUUACGGGGCCCUGGGGCUGCUCGGGGCGCUGCCGUUACUCGGGGCGGCCGCCGUGGCUCCUCGCGGGGCGGCGGAAGGAGUUUGGUGGAGCGUGUUCGGGAUCUACGCGGCCUACGCUUUGCUGCCGGUGCGCAUGCGCGCCGCCGUGACGGCCGGCGCCAUCUUGGCCGUGCUGCACCUCGGGGUCACGUGGCAUCUGUGCGGGGAGGAGCCGCGGCUGUGGCGGCAGCUCAGUGCCAACGCCCUCAUCUUCCUGUGCACCAACGUGGUGGGGGUCUGCACCCAUUACCCCGCCGAGGUGGCGCAGCGUAAAGCGUUCCAGGAGACCACGGGCUACAUCCAGGCACGGCUGCACCUGCAGAGGGAGAAACAGCAGCAGGAGCGGCUGCUGCUGUCGGUGCUGCCCCAGCACGUGGCCAUGGAGAUGAAGGAGGACAUCAACACCAAGAAGGAGGAUAUGAUGUUCCACAAGAUCUACAUCCAGAAACACGACAACGUCAGCAUCCUGUUUGCUGACAUAGAAGGGUUCACAAGUCUGGCCUCCCAGUGCACUGCUCAGGAGCUGGUCAUGACGCUGAACGAGCUCUUUGCGCGAAUUCGACAACGCCCUGCGGCGGAGAACCACUGUUUACGUAUCAAGAUCCUGGGUGAUUGCUAUUACUGUGUGUCUGGGUUGCCCGAAGCAAGAGCUGAUCAUGCUCACUGCUGCGUGGAGAUGGGGGUGGACAUGAUCGAGGCCAUCUCGCUGGUCCGGGAGGUGACGGGUGUGAACGUGAACAUGCGCGUUGGGAUCCACAGCGGCCGCGUGCACUGCGGGGUGUUGGGGCUGCGCAAGUGGCAGUUCGAUGUGUGGUCAAAUGACGUUACAUUAGCCAACCACAUGGAAGCAGGGGGCAAAGCUGGGCGGAUCCAUAUCACGUGGGCCACGCUGCAGUACCUGAAUGGGGACUACGAGGUGGAGCCGGGACACGGGGGGGAACGUAACGCGUAUCUGAAGGAGCACAACAUCCAGACCUUCCUCAUCGUGGGCUGCAGCCAGAAGAGGAAGGAGGAGCAGGCCCUGCUGGCCAAGCUGCAGCGCAGCCACGCGGGUUCAGCCGAGGCCUUGGUCCCUCGUUGGGUCCCUGAGCGCAACUUCAGCCGCACCAAAGACUCCAAGGCCUUCAGGCAGAUGGGCAUCGACGACUCCACCAAGGACAACCGUGGUGCCCAGGAGCCGCUGAACCCCGAGGACGAGGUUGACGAGUUCCUGGGUCGCGCCAUCGACGCGCGAAGCAUCGACCAGCUGCGCAAGGACCAUGUGAGGCGCUUCCUGCUCAGCUUCCAGAGCCCCGAGCUGGAGAGGAAGUACUCCAAGAAGGUCGAUCACCGCUUUGGGGGCUACGUGGGCUGCGCUCUGCUCGUCUUCUGCUUCAUCUGCUGCGUGCAGCUCAUCAUCUUCCCCCUCUCCCCACUGAUGAUCGGUGCCUACAUCGGAACCUUCCUCCUCCUCUCCUUCAUCCUCUUCAUCUGCGCCGUGCAUUCCUGCAUCACCCUGUUCCCCCCGGUGCUGCAGCGUUUAUCCCGCGCCAUCGUCCGCUCCCGAUCCCGCAGCACCGCCACGGCCGCCAUCAUCAUCACCAUCGUCUUCAUCACCUCCUUCAUCAACCUGUUCUCCUGCAGUCGGGUGCCAUUGCGGGACUGCGCUGCCCGCGCCCUCAACGUCAGCCCCACAGAUGUGGGGCCGUGUCAGCUCCGAGCCCUCAACAUCUCGUUGGGGUCCCCACCGGGGCUGUGCCGCCCCCAGGGGGGGGACUGCGACUACCCUGAGUACAUAACCCACUGUGUGGUGCUGACUCUUCUGGCUGCCGCCGCGUUCCUGCAGCUCAGCAGCGCCUCGAAGCUGCUGCUGGUUUUGGGGCUGGGGGCCGCGUUCGUGGCGCUGGCCGAGGGUCCACACGGGGCCUUGUUCGACAACGCAGACCUGCUGCUGCUGGCGCAUGCGCUACCCCCCUUCAACGCCACCCAGGGGGAAUGCCCCGUGGAGGGGAAGGUGGCGCUGCGCUACGUCACCCCCGUGGUGCUGGGGGUCUUCGCCCUGGCGCUGUACCUACAUGCACAGCAGGUGGAGUCCACAGCGCGACUCGACUUCCUCUGGAAGCUGCAGGCAACAGGUGAGAAGGAGGAGAUGGAGGAGCUGCAGGCCUAUAACAGACGCCUCCUCCACAACAUUUUGCCGAAGGAUGUGGCAGCCCAUUUCUUGGCUCAGGAGCGGCGCAAUGAUGAACUGUACUACCAGUCCUGUGAGUGCGUGGCUGUCAUGUUCGCCUCCAUCAGCAACUUCUCCGAGUUCUACGUGGAGCUGGAGGCCAACAACGAGGGCGUGGAGUGUCUGCGGCUGCUCAACGAGAUCAUCGCAGACUUCGAUGAGAUCAUCAGCGAGCAGAAAUACCGGCAGCUGGAGAAGAUCAAAACCAUCGGCAGCACCUACAUGGCUGCGUCAGGCCUCAACGCCGCCACCUACGACCGCGAGGGCCGCAGCCACAUCGCGGCGCUGGCCGACUACGCCAUGAGGCUAAUGGACCAAAUGAAAUACAUUAAUGAACAUUCAUUCAACAACUUCCAGAUGAAGAUAGGUCUCAACAUGGGCCCGGUGGUCGCUGGGGUGAUCGGGGCACGUAAGCCCCAGUAUGACAUAUGGGGAAACACAGUGAAUGUAGCCAGCCGAAUGGACAGCACCGGCGUCCCCGACCGCAUCCAGGUGACCACAGACCUGUACCAGGUGCUGGCAGCCAAAGGUUACGUGUUGGAGUGUCGGGGGCUGGUGAAGGUGAAGGGCAAAGGGGAGAUGACCACCUACUUCCUGAACGCCGGCCCGGGGGGCAGUUAGGGGGCGACCCCCCCCCCAAUAUGGGGGGACACCCCCCCCCCAGACUCGUGUGUGGGGUGAGAAGGAGGAAACCCUGGGGGCAGUUAUGGGGUAACCCCCCCCUAUAUUAUAGGGACCCCCCCAACUAUGAGGACACCCCAUCAAAACUCAUGUGUGGGGUGAGAAGGAGGAAGCCCUGGGGGCAGUUAGGGGGGGUCCCUCUAUUAUGGGGACCCCCCUCCCAACUAUGGGGACCCCCGCCCCAAACUCAUGUGU